AAGAUAAGAUUGAGGGAAAACUGUAUUUUAUGUACCGUCUCCCCACCUUUUAACAUCACAAACACCAGAUUUCUAUUUGAUUUCGGCCACCCUUCUCAAAUCCUUCGAGCUCAUGGCCAAGUUGCCAAGUAAAUAAAAAUAAUGAGUGUGUUAUUCCGUAGCAGACAGCUCGUCGCAGGACGUGUUUUCACCACGCUCUGCUCAUCCUUCAGGCCAAAAGUGAAUUGUAGGAUGGCAGCCUCCUCCAGUGAGCCAAAGACAAAUGGUCCUAAUGGUCGCUACAAUGGUAGAAUCAAUGGUGUGGAGGGAAAAUCUCCAUUUCUCAUUGGAGUUGCAGGGGGAACAGCUAGUGGUAAGUCCACCGUAUGCAAGCGAAUCAUGGAGAAGCUGGGCCAAGUUGAUGUUGAAAAUGCUCAACGACAAGUAGUAUCCAUCAGCCAAGAUUCAUUUUAUCGUGAACUAACACCAUCUGACAAAGCAAAAGCUGACCGAGGACAAUAUAAUUUUGACCAUCCUGAUGCCUUUAAUGAAGAUUUAAUUUUUCAAACAUUGAAAGAUAUUUUGGCUGGCAAAAAAUGUGACAUUCCAGUUUAUGAUUAUAGAACUAAUUCCAGGUGUGAAGGGCAAUUCAUCACAAUUUAUCCUGCAGAUGUAGUUUUGUUUGAAGGUAUUCUAGUGUUUUAUUUCCCAGAGAUCCGAGAUUUGUUUCACAUGAAAUUGUUUGUGGACACUGACUCUGACACACGGCUAGCAAGAAGAGUACCCAGAGACAUUAAUGAAAGAGGACGAGAUCUGGAGCAAGUUCUCAACCAGUACAUGAACUAUGUUAAACCUGCUUUUGAAGAAUUUUGUCUCCCGACCAAAAAGUUCGCAGAUGUCAUUAUUCCACGUGGAGCAGACAACACUGUGGCAAUCGACCUGAUAGUGCAUCACAUCUGGGAUAUUUUGCAUGGAUCAGCAUCGAUUCAGCAAAAGUACUCAAUCACUCGUCGUUCUAGUGGCAGUUCCGACACAUUAAGUCGGUGAAAUGGUCAUCAGUGGAAACAUGUUGUGUAUCACAAGCUGCUGCCAACCUAUUUCCUACUCUACAGUUUUCAGCCAUUUAUUUAGAAAUGACAUAAGAACCAUUUAGUGUUAGUAUUUAGACAUUUGAGAAGUAUCUCUCAAUCCUGCCUAUGCAUUGUGGUUUGCUGGGUUUAACCUAAACAUUAAUUACCUAAUCAACUUCUUAUCAUUAUUUCCAUAUGAAAUGGAAAAUACUUGUUUGCCUUUAUUUUUUUAAAUAUUUUGUAAAAUUGUAAUUCUAUGGAGCAAUUACCUAUUUUUCUAAUAGCUAUUUGUGCAAGUUUAUGACUCUGAGUUGCUUAAGCUGGGAUCUGCUUUAGCCUAUAUUAUCCAAAUUUAGCAUGUGAUAUUUCUUAUGGGGUUGAUGAUCAAUUAACCAAGGUUUUUGUUGCCUUUGUUCAUGAAACAAUGUAUUUUUGCUGGGACCUUGUCAUUUUUAUGUUAGCAUGUUCAUCAAUGUUGGGACAAACUCUGUGUUCUGCAAGGUUUGUUAAUUUUAUAUACUGUACUUUUGCAAGCUAAAAAUUAUCAGGACAUUCUUUUUCCAACCACUGUAGACAUCCAUAGAUUAUUAGAGUAAUUUUAGCUUCUGUUGUUGUUUUAUUUUAUUUAUUUUUCUGCCAUUUUUAUGCAUACCAGUUGGCUUAAACAAACUAGAUUAUUGUAAGAACUACAGAAGUUGUCUUCUUUUAUAUUCAACCCAUAAUUUUUGAUAAGGAGAGACAGAACAUGUCUUGCAUAUAGUAUUAGGAACACUAGGAAGGCCUCCUUAUGGCCUUGUCACUUGGUUUGUACAGUGUUGAGUGUGUUGUUUACUCUUGCACGAAUCUCACCAGAAUACUUAACAUUUUUGUGCAACAUUUUGUAUAAAGUUUGCCAAUGCAUUUUCCAUGGACAAGGUACAUUUGUAUGUUGUGAUUACUAAAAGACUUUGUUUUGAAAUAUUCUUCACUUAUGUACUACUAUGUUGAAGAACACGACCAUUAUUAUGAACGUACAAAUUUUAGGAAGUCUCUUUCUGCUGUGUUGAAAAUUGUAGUUUCAUGUACUGUACCGAGCUCAGCUCAUCAGGAAGUGGCAGCAUUUUUUUGUCAUAAGCCCUGUUGUGAAGUAAUAUUUUAUCAUAUUGAAUUCCAAUUUGCAUUCACUAAGCAUAAUACUUGUGUUCAGUUAGUUUUUAUGUGAUUAAUUUGCCUAUUAACUGGUCUGGUUGAGGACAUUCAUCAGCAGCAUAAUUUAGAGUAGAGCCUAUGUCCUCCAACACAGUCCUUGUUUGUUUUUCUUUCUCAAAUGAAAUAAAUUGUUUUAUUAUAUUGAAA